GUGUCUAUACGCUUGUGUUUCUAUCUUUAAAUGUGUCGACCAUCACUCCAUUAGUUACUAGUUACUUGUUCACGUCAGCGGUGGCAACUGGUUUUAACCCUUGAACUGGACCCAGCUGACGGCUUUAUCUCCGUCUCUGCCCCGUUCUGACUUAACCAGACCCAACGUCAAACGGACCUUGGUUUUGUUUUUUCUGCGUUUAACUCAGCAAUGUAGCGAUAACGCUGAACAUAGCACCUAGCUUGACUGUUAGCUCAGCUAGGUAGUCCCUGCUUGACAGCUGGCGUCAAAGCGCAGCCCAAAAACCAACACCUGUGACAAUCAUGUCCUCCUUUGCGCCGCACAACUUUUCCUGGGUUGACCCGGGAAAGCUGGCCGGGCUGGCGCUGCCCCGGAUGACCUGUGAAUACCAGUACCUGCUGGACAACGGCAUCAAACACCUGGUCUGCCUUUGUGAGAGGAAACCCCCCUAUCACGACUCGUGCCCAGAGCUGCAGCUGCACCACAUCAAGAUAGCCGACUUCACCCCUCCUGCGCCCAGUCAGAUUGAUAAGUUCCUCUCCGUCGUGGAAGAGGCAAACUCCAAGAACGAGGGUGUGGGAGUCCACUGCAUGCACGGCCAUGGGAGGACUGGGACCAUGCUGGCCUGCUACCUGGUGAAGACCAGGAAGAUCUCUGGGAUUGACGCCAUCAAUGAGAUCCGCAGACUGAGGCCAGGUUCAAUCGAAACACACGAACAAGAGAAAGCAGUGGUGCAGUUUUAUCAGCGCACAAAGUAGCAUUUGAGGGAGACGGACAAGUGUAAUUAAUAUACUUAAUAAACAUCAAAUAUAUGACAAUUUAUACUUUAAAAAGUUUACUUUAUUAUAAAGGAAGAGGAAAAUGCAAAAAUAAUGUAAAACAUAAUAAAACCAAACCUGUAAACUGAAAAUCCUGAACUGAAACUAAGAAAGACAGACUUUUGUUUAGUUAGUACAUAUGGACACUCCGUUUCCUAUCGUACUGUAUAUCCAUGUUGCUACUACAUUAUUACUUUUCUUCGCGAGAUUCUUCGUUUACUUGAUUUUAAACUUCAUUUAUGCACUGGACGCCAGGGAAAAGAGACGCUGGCGCUCCCUGAAUGUGAGCGUCUCAGGAGCUGGUGCUCGUCUGAUUCGCUCCUCUAGGAGUCUGUAAAGAAAGAGUAAUACAGCUGAAUACUUGAAUUUUGAAUUUAUGUGGAAACAUGCAAGAGAACUCAAACAGUACAUGUGCAGUUUUAUAAUACUAUCAUAAUAGAGUAUAUUCUACAGAUUUGACUCAGGGAAUUAUUGCUGUAAAUUACUUAUCAAAUGUCUCAUUGUUUUAGUAAAUGUAAUGGAAAGCUUGUUGUCAUUAGGUUGUCACAAAUAGAAAUGCUGCAUAAAGAACCUAGCUGCCUUUUAGAUUGGACUAAAUUUGAAUGUUCUUGCAGCUGUCAAAACAUGUAAACUCACUCGUUUGAUGCCAUUUUCUGAACAUCACCCAUAAGACCAUUGGAUCUUUGAUCUGCCAAAAUAUCAAAUGUGGCAAUGUUUAGUGGAAACAAUACAUUUUAAAUGAAUAAAUUGCUAAUCACUUGUCAUGCGUUCUUCAA